AUGCGAUCGGUGGAUUCAAUGUGUUUGGUGGAGACUGAAAGGACCGAAAAGGAGGUGUGGUCUUGGGAGAGGAAGGCCCAGAGAUCUGAUUUGGAGACUUGUUUGAUUUCUGUGAGGUCAUUCAGUAAUUUUUGGGGAGUUUUAGCCGGUGUGGAUGAGGAAUUAAAACAGGAGGUUGUUCGGCGGUAUAGUCGCAUUGGCGAUCUAGUGAUUGCUACGGUAAAAAAAGCCGACCCUAAUGCUGAUCCCCAAGUUGGAAAAGGAAAAAUAGUUUUGGCUUUGAUAGUAGCCACUCAUAAAGGAAAGAAAAAAAGAAAGAUUGUCAAAGUUGUCAAGGAACCAGUGGGAACCAGAAUAUUCGUUCCUUUGUUGGCCGAGUUCGACCAAGCCACCACUUACCAAGAGGCGAUAAAUGACGAAAAUAUUGACCGGCACGAUAAGAAAACGGAUAAAUAUAAUAGUAAAGGUGCGAAAGAAAAAUUUGAGGACCUAAAAAAAUUACACGAACAAAUCGAAGCAUUACAAAAAAAUCCGACCCCAACCGCAGAGGAAAAAGCAGAAUUAACCAAAAAAAAAGAGGAAUAUAAUGACAAAUUAAAGCAAGCCAAAAAAGAUACUAUUGAAAAUAUUCAAGACCAAUUAGCACAAAAUAAAUUGAGUAUUACCGAAUUAGAUGAUAACCGAAAUUGCUGA